UGCUGACGCUGACGCCCUCUGCGUAGCAGUCUCGAAGUAAUAAAACCACGGCGCGUCAAGCUUGUGCCUCUUUCAUCACGUGAACCUGCAUAUAAGCGGCCUUCAAAAUGGUGAACGGUCGUAUCCCAACCGUUUGCUCCAAGACGUACGUAACUCCACGUCGCCCCUAUGAAAAGGCGCGUUUGGACCAGGAAUUGAAGAUCAUCGGCGAGUAUGGUCUGAGGAACAAACGCGAAGUAUGGCGCGUCAAGUACACGCUCGCAAAAAUCCGUAAAGCCGCUCGUGAGUUGCUCACUUUGGAUGAAAAGGAACCUAAGAGGUUAUUCGAAGGUAAUGCACUUCUGCGUCGUCUGGUCCGCAUUGGUGUGUUGGAUGAAGGCAGAAUGAAGCUCGAUUACGUUCUCGGUCUGAAAAUCGAAGAUUUCUUGGAGCGUCGCCUUCAAACACAAGUAUUCAAACUUGGAUUAGCGAAGUCUAUCCAUCACGCCCGUGUCCUCAUCCGCCAGCGUCACAUCCGUGUCCGCAAACAAGUUGUGAAUAUUCCCUCGUUCAUCGUACGCUUGGACUCGCAGAAGCACAUCGAUUUCUCGUUGAAGUCGCCCUUCGGUGGUGGCAGGCCAGGCCGUGUUAAGAGGAAGAACACUCGCAAGGCUGCGUCCGGUGGUGCCGCUGCUGCUGAGGAAGAUGAAGAUUAAGCAGUGAUUGUUAAUCAACUCAUAAUUGAGUUAUAAUUGAAUGAAUAAAUCAUGCCUGCUUUCUAAAUUAAAA